AGCUACGUUUUGCGUCUGCGCUACACUGGGCUCGGUCCGGACUGAGCUCGGCCGCGCGAGACGCAACUGGAUCCCAUCGGCUCCAAUGCCGAACCCGGAAACCUUCUGAAUGGUCCGCUCUUGCGUCACAACACUCUUUUCGUUGCAGAGUUUUUGAUGAGCUCCCUUGCGUUUGUUCAAGUCCUGUUAAGUUACUUUUCCCUAAACCCUAACAGAACAGUUUUCCAGUUCCUACGUGAUGAUGUCGUGAGAGGUGUUUGGUUUGCGUGCUCGUUUGCAAUCCGUGGGGUUCUGUCUUCUGAAUUGGCUUCAUUGGACUCAGUCUUUGAGUUUACUGACGUUAUCGGCAUGUGAACAUGUUUCGUUUUUUGAACUUCUCUUGUGCAAUAGAAACUAUCGAAAUUCUUUCAGAUUUAGAAUAUGGAUGUUCAGAUCUGAGCAAAUGCUGAGUGAGACUAAUUAUUUGCCACGGCCUUAGAUUAAACGAUAAUUGUUGAUCAGAACAUUGCUUUUUCUGAGUUCUGCUGGAGUGACUGUUGCAUCCUCUUACAUAUACUAGGUUUAUCGUAGAGUUAUCUAUUCGAUGAUAGGCGUUUUUUUUUCACACCAGCUUUUUCUUAUGUAUUGAGGUGAGCUUGUCAUAGAAGUUCUGGGUAUGAUAUUUUAUUCAUCUAUCUCGGAUGCUAACUGAGGCUAAAACAUGAUUUCCUUUUCUUUAGGUGGCUAUUUAAAUUCGAGAUAUCACUUCCUUUAGGCAGUUUGUCUAGGCUUUAAUGAUUUCGUUAGUAUCCUGAUCAACUACAAAUGUCAAGACGAUGAGCAUCUUAACUAGAAAUCCAUUCAUUAUGGAACCACUUUAACGUAGAACUGAAGGGACUAGUCUUCCAAACCACACAAGAAGUAAUCUGCCCUUGUUGAUUGUUGCAAUUGUUCGUAAAGUUUGUACGUGACGGAAUUCAAGUAACAUGGCUCAAUUAGUAUAUGCUUCAUGCUAUUGUCUCUGAGUAGUUGACGGAAUACCGUGUUUGUUAAACUGCAGGGUGAUGUGCGCUAAGCGAAGCGCAGGACUUUCUUCAGCCUAAUUGCAUUCUAUGGAUUCAAUGACCAUAAUUCUUCAAAGUGUAGAAGACGAAUUAGGGAUCCAUAUUCUUGAUAAUUAUAUUUAUCCUCUUCCCAUUUAAUCUCUUUCAAUGUCGUGUAAAGGUUUAGGCCCGUAUAAGUUUCAGUUGGUGAGGUAUUGACCUUGUUAGACAUCCGCGUAUCCAGCAGGAUUUUUGUUACAGGAUGGCAGGUCGGUCAAGUGGUCCCGGUAAGGUCACGCUCGCACCAUUGGUAUUAUCAGCCAUUUCUCCCGAAGAGCGGGCAGCGAGGCUGAUGUUCGAAAAAUCGGAAGCAGAGAAACGGUUAAGGGAAGCCGAAAAUAGACUGAGAGAAGCCAUUCAGGAGCUGCAGAGUAAACAGAGCGAAACUAGGGAGGGAUUUGGAGAUGCAUUUAGUGGUCGCCAUUCACUCUGUCCGCAUGGGGACUCAUGCGUGGCCAAUGCCGUGGGAAGCUUGUGUCAAAGUUUUCUACUUGCGUAUGGUGUUCGAGUCGGAAUAGGAGUAAUUCUUCGAGCCUUCAAGCUUAUCAAGAAAAAGCCAUAUUACACUGUCCUUGACUUGAAGCUUCUGCUAUCUGAAAAGGAUCUUAUAGUUAGGGAGGAGGCUUGCCGAACGGGUCUUUUGUUUGGAGGCUUCACAGGGGCUUUUCAUGCAAUCCGAUGUAUUCUGAGGAGAACGCGUAACAAGGAAACACCAAUUAAUGGGUUCGUGGCUGGUACUAUAUCCGGUCUAUCUGUAUUGGCUCUGGAUGAUUCCAGUAGAAGGCGAACCUUUGCAUUGUAUCUUUUGGCCAGGGUAGCGCAGUGCGCAUAUAACUCUGCGAAAGCGAAAAAUAAGUUUCACUUUUGGGGCAGCAAGUGGAGUCAUGGCGACACAUUGCUAUUCAGCUUAGCAUCUGCUCAGAUUAUGUACGCCUAUGUCAUGCGUCCAGAGACCCUUCCAGAAUCUUACUUCGAAUUUAUUGUGAAAACUGGACCUAUUGCAAAACCUACAUUGAAAGCCGUACGUGAGAACAAUCGAGGUUUACCAAUCGAUUUAAAAGCUUUAUCAGCAUUUGUUCUUGAGCGAUCAGGAGUUCCCGGGCCUGUGGGUCUGAAACCAGAUUCACCAAUUAUUCCUUGCACUGGUAUACACCCUCAGACUACUUCAUGUCUGGCUCACAACGGCAAAGCGACUCGAGCAACAUUCAGAAAAACCUUCCCACUGUAUUUGUCACUCACAUUCGUGCCCUUUGUAGUGUUAAACAUCCAGAAGUUCAUGCAUGCUCCCCUUCACACUUUCUGGAAUGCCUUGAAGAGUGCAACUCGCUCCACAUGUUUUCUCUCAGCAUUUGUUGGCCUUUACCAGGGAGUAAUUUGUCUUCAGCGGAAAGUGGUCACAAAGGAUCACAAGCUGAUUUACUUCCUUGCAGGCGGAGUGGCUGCUUUGUCUGCAUUGAUAGAAAAGAAAAGUCGCCGCUCAGAGCUUGCCCUUUACACUCUUCCACGAGCUGGUGACUCUUUAUGGUACAUCUUGGUGAAUCGUCAUAUUUUGCCGAACAUCAAGCAUGCGGACGUGGUGCUAUUCUGCCUGUGCAUGGGCUGUAUCAUGUACUUUCACGAGUAUGAACCUGACACGAUGGCACCCUUUCUGAGAGGUUUACUUACACGGUUUCUUAACCGUACAGGCACGCCGUCGAUCCACUCAUCGACGUCCUAUUCUUACUUGCCCGCACUUGCGCCUUCUGAUGACCUAUUGCCACCUCCAAAUGCUUCGACGUCACAGAACAAUCACAAUACGAAAGGCUCUUCACCCUCGUCACGUACCCCCGGCUCGCCUCCUGUAGACCGGGUUUCACAGACAUCGAAAGACCCCCAAAAGAUUCCAGAAAGACUCACUAUCGAAGCCUUUCAAGGUCUUUGAGCAGCUAGUGAAGUUGGGAUUGAGGAACUGAGACCCCCUGGUUAUAUGAACUGAUCCAACUGGACCAUGUGGACGGUGCUUAUAGGAUUCGGUGAAUCUUCACGAUGCUCAAAGUAACAACGUGUGACGUUAGGAAUUCUUCAUUGUAGAUCAUGAUGUUCAGGAAUGCAUUUUUUAAGUUGGUCCUGCUUCCGUCUAUAGAAAGAAAUACAGGGGGUAGCAGCAGUGGGCACGUAGGCUACAGCGACUGAGGGAUUGGGCUUAGCCCUGCAGGGACCCUAAGGACUCCCACGGUCGGUGACAAAAGCUCACCUUUUAAGCUAAUGCUCUUUGGUCAGGGGCAGCUUUAUGUAUAGAAAUUGAGUGGGCAUUUUUGGGCAAAUUUGCUCAAAAAAUGUCAGACUCGGGUAAAGGUUAGUUAAAGGAUCUGACAUUUGACGAUUUCUAUGGAUUUUUUCUACAAAUAGAUUGGACCAUUGCAACCUCCGCUGUUCAAAAUUGAGAAUU